GUCAAGCACAUUAACACAAACACCCCGCCCCUUAAGUUGACAGAACCCUUCCUGGAGCACAGUUAGACGUUGCAGAGCUGCCAUCGUACGCACUACGAUGAAGUGUACCUUGAUAACAGCUUUAAUCAUCUGCAGCCUCGGCUGGAUCUCUGUCUCAGCUGCUGAUUCUCAGACUGUGGAGGUCCAGUCUGGUGAAGAAGUCACUCUCACAUGCUCUAAGAAGUCCGACUCUCCAACAGUGUGGUUCAGAGUGGUCAACAGAACCAAGGCCAGCUGGAUCUCCACUAUGUUCAGCUCUAAAAGCACUUCUCAAUACUGUGAUGGAUGUAAAAAUGGAGCAUUUGAAAUUAGUUCCAACACCUCCGCUGCCUCUCUCAAAAUGAAGAAAGUGAAUGUAUCUGACUCUGGACUGUAUUUCUGUGUUGCUUUCACACAGAACACAGUUUUGAGCACCACACAUUUAAAUGUUACGGGCAGUGAUGAACCUCAUGAUGAUGUUGACAGAAAGCCUAAAAAGUCUGAUGAUGUAACAAAGCUGAUGAGUGUGAUCCUGGGCGGUCUGACUGCUGUUCUCCUAACAGUCAUCAUUGGUCUGGUUGUUACAAUCAGGAAACUUCAGAAAGCUGCCAGUGAAGAACAGAAUCCACCACAGCGUGAGAAUCCGGGCUCUGAUGAUCUGAACUACGCAGCAGUGACUUUCUGUCAAAAAGGAAGAAGAAGAGAAGUGGAGCAGAAUGUUGUGUAUUCUUCUACUAGAUAGGACGAUCAGGAAGCAACCUGAGGUGUUGUUGAGAGUAAAACUGAUAUUAUAUUAACUAAUUUGCAUGUAUGCUUUUGUUUUUAGGUGGUGGACUUGUGAUAUUUUUUCUAAACCUAACCACAUGCUUUUGUUGCCUAAACCUAAGGAAGUAAAUUUUGAAAAUAAAUUAUAUGCAUUUAAUGAGCAGAAAGUGUGCAUUUCCUGUGAAAACAGAAGUUUAUUUUGAAAAGACACAAUUAAUGGCAUUAAUGGCAA